CCGCCUGUCCGUGUCCCUGUGCUCACCCCUCUGUCCCUCUGCCUGACCAGCCUGCUGCUGGACCUCGAGUCCAGGCUGGAGGAGAGUGUGCUGAUCUCCGACCUCAGUGCCGUCGUGCUGCGGCACCGCGAUGCCCUGGGCCGCGUCUACAUUCCCUACGUCACCAACCAGAUGUACCAGGAGGCCCUGUGCCAGCGGCUGUGGCAGGGGAACGGGCGGUUCGUGGCGGCGCUGAGGAAACUGGAGCAGGACCCGGUGUGCCAGAGGCAGAGCCUGAAGUCCUUCCUGGUGCUGCCCUUCCAGAGGAUCACCCGGCUGCGCAUCCUGCUGGAGAACAUCCGGAAGCUGAGCCCCCCCGGGUCCGAGACCAGCCCGUCGCUGCAGGAGGCCAUCGCGGCCGUGCACCAGAUCGCGGGGCGCUGCGAGGACGGCGUGCUCCGCAUGAAGCAGACCGAGGAGCUGGUGCGCCUGGAGGCGCGCGUGGACUUCGGCAGGGUCAAGGCUGUCCCCCUGAUCACCAGGGGGCGCUGGCUGGUGCGGGAGGGGGAGCUGCAGGAGGUGACCGUGCAGGAGUGUCCCGGGACGGCCAGUAUCACGCGGAGAGCCGUCUACCUGCACCUCUUCAACGACCUGCUGCUGCUGUCGCACAGGGAGGAGGGGCGGUUCCGAGUCCUGGACUACGCAAACCCCUGUCGGGUCAGGGCGGAGAGCCUGCAGGUGGCGCCGCUGGGCCUGCCCGGUGAGGCCUUCCUGCUGCACAUCGCCCGGAGCCACACGGGCACCCCCACCGCCCUCAUCCUGCAGCCCCCGAGCAGUGCUGACAAGGAGCAGUGGAUCACAGCCGUUUCCCUGCUGAAGGACCUGGAUGAAGAGGCCUGAGCAGCAGACACCUGGAAGAUUUCUGUGACGGUUCUUCCUUGGCCUACGGAAAUUGGUCACCUGACACGCCACCCCUUGACUAUAUAUUUAAUUAACUUGUUGUGAAUAAGUGAUUGUUUUAAUGUAUAUUAAUAAAUAAAUGAAUUAAUUGAU